AUGCUUGGUGGUGCUGCCGUCUUGGGCGGUGGCAGCAGAGACUCGGGCAUCAGCGGCAGCCUGGACUCAAUACCUGUCAACUCAGUUGACAGUAAUGGGCGGACGGCACUGCAUAUGGCGGCGUAUGGCAACUCUGUAGCUGCGGCUCGUCUCCUGCUGGCUGCGGGUGCCAACACUGAGGCCUACGAUAUCACAGGCAGCGGUGCCUUGCAGGCAGCCGUCGCGAGUGGACGUGUGCACCUCGUCACUUUGCUCCUUGAAAACGAAGCAUCAGUCGGUCAUGAGGACAAAUAUGGCAACACUGCCCUGCACUACGCCUGCCUAUUGGCUCCCUCGAAGUCUGCGGACACAAUCUUGUCUGCUAUUCUGACUAAACACAAACACAGCCACAGAUGUUGCUGUCACAGCAACAUCUGUGUUGACAUCAUCUGUUUGUGUUGA